AUGGAGUUCCCGGAGCACGGCGCGCGGCUGCUGGGCCGCCUGCGGCAGCAGCGCCAGCAGGGCUUCCUGUGCGACUGCACCGUGCUGGUGGGCGCCGCGCGCUUCCCGGCCCACCGCGCAGUGCUGGCCGCGUGCAGCGUCUACUUCCAUCUCUUCUACAGGGACCGGCCCGCGGGCAGCCGCGACGCGGUGCGGCUCAACGGCGACGUGGUCACGGCGCCCGCCUUUGGCCGCCUGCUGGACUUCAUGUACGAGGGCCGCCUGGACCUGCGCAGCCUGCCGGUGGAGGACGUCCUGGCCGCCGCCAGCUACCUGCACAUGUACGACGUCGUCAAGGUCUGCAAGGGCAGGCUCAGGGACAAGGGCCGCGCGCUGCACCGGGGGACCCCCGCCGCCCCGGCCGAGCCGCCAGGCCAGCCCCCGCGCCCCCAGCCCACCCGGUCCCCGGAGCUCUGCCCGGCCACGCAGAAUGCCAGGCCGCCCCGGGCUGGGGUCGGCGCCCUCCCUCCGCGAGCACCCGGGCCCCCUCCCUGGCAGGCCGCCGGAGACUCAGACCGGGCCCUGGACCUGUCACUGAAGCCGAGCCCCAGGCGGGAGCCAGUCCGUCCACCCUGUGUCCUUCAGACACCCCCCUGCAGCCAGAUGCAGCACUGCGUCCAGCGACUAGUGAAGGACUCGCGGGACUUGCUGUCGGAACCGGAGGACAGCAGCGGCCCUCGCAGCCCCCACAGCCCCCUGCAGCCCCGCUGUGUUCCUGCAGACAAGCGCCAGGCAGUGGGCGUGGAGCCGCUGCGGGGGGGCGGGGCGGGCGGCGGGGAGCUGGAGCUGGAUGCAGAGCGGGGGGCCGGCGGGGACGAGCCGAGUCCUGGCGGGCACCUCUGCGUGUGCCCGCUGUGCAGCAAGCUGUUCCCCAGCGCCCACGUGCUGCAGCUGCACCUCAGCGCCCACUUCCGCGAGCGGGACGGCGCCCGGGCGCGGCUGUCGCCCGACGGCCCAGUGCCCACCUGCCCGCUCUGCGGGAAGACCUUCUCCUGCACGUACACGCUCAAGAGGCACGAGCGCACGCACUCGGGCGAGAAGCCCUACACGUGCGCGCAGUGCGGUAAGAGCUUCCAGUACUCGCACAACCUGAGCCGCCACGCCGUGGUGCACACGCGCGAGAAGCCCCACGCCUGCCGCUGGUGCGAGCGCCGCUUCACGCAGUCCGGGGACCUCUACCGCCACGUCCGAAAAUUCCACUGUGGCCUGGUCAAGUCCCUGCUGGUGUGACCCAUCCCUGUGCGGCGUGGGAGGGCGGGGAGGGACCUCCCAGGUGGGCCGCUGGGAUGCAGCAGGAGGGAUGGGAGCUGGUGGGGGGUGGGGGGCAGCCCCGGUGCUGCAGCUCCCAGCAGAAAGGCCACCGCUGCCCCUGGACCGCAGUCUCAGGCUCGGGGUGACUUGGCCUGGCUUGGGCUGCCCUCUUCCACGC